AUGAAGAUUCCUGCUCUAAUUCUGUGUCUGGUUCUCUCCGGACCUCUGUCCUCGAAAUCAGAGUGUGUCCUACAGCAACAGACGGUAGCCGGCUACAUUCAGGAGGGAGAUGUUCUCCUGGGUGGAAUAUUCCCCCUACAUCUUAGUCCAGGGACACAGCCAGAGACCUUCACCAAUCCACCGAGAUCUCAUUCCUGCCAACGGUUCAGCUUUCGUUCCUUCCGCUGGAUCCUUGCCUUUCUGUUUGCCGUGGAGGAAGUGAACAGAACUUAUGGGGUGUUGCUGAAUUUAACACUAGGGGCAGCAGUAAUGGACUCAUGUAGUGCGGCAAAAGGAGCAUUGGGGGGAGCAUCAUGGCUCCUUUCUGGAGGGUCUGGAGGACCAUUAAAUUAUCAUUGCCUAUUUCCACCAUCAAGACUGGCCGCAGUGCUGGGCGAUGCAGGUGGAGAUGCAGCUGUGAGUGUAGCCAAUAUUUUGGGACUCUACAAUUACCCACAGAUCAGUUAUUUCACACCUCCAGCUGAAUUCAUCAACAGGUUCUUCUUCCCUUCAGCGCUGAGUGUUGCCCCUAUGUUAUCUUCACAGGCAAAAGGUAUGGCUAGACUGCUCCAAGAGUUUGGCUGGUCUUGGGUGGGUGUCCUGUCCCAAGAAACCAGUUCUUCUCUAUUGCGUCAAACUUUUCUUGAAGAGAUAGAGGCUUUAAGUGCUUGUCUAGCCUUCUGGGAGAAAAUUCCUUCAGAAUCUUCACCAAAAGAUGUGAAACGGAUAUCAGAAGUUAUCAGACAAUCAAAAGCCAAUGUGGUGGUUGUCUUCUCACUGGAAGCCUAUCUAAAUCCUGUUUUGUUGGAACUUGCCCACAAUGGGGAUAAUAAAGAUAGAAUCUGGUUGACCACUGAUGCAUGGUCCACAUCUCCCCAAUUAGUAGCUUCCUCUCUCUCCAAAUUAUUAAGAGGAACUCUUGGAAUUGUUCUUCGUAAUGGGGCUGCUCCUGGAUUCAGAGAGUUUGUUUUUGGACUUCAUCCGAGUCGCUAUAAUAAUCAUGCAUUUUUUAUGGAAUUCUGGGAGGAAGCAUUCAGUUGUCAAUGGUUCAAAGAAAUGAACAACACAUCAUUGUAUCAGACUAGAGCUAUCUCUAGGUUCUCUGUCCCUUCGUCAACUUUCCCACCUGCUCCUUUAGCAUCACCAUCUUCAACAAAGUCUUUGUGUACAGGGUUGGAAGACCCAGCUACUCUACAGAUAUUUUCAGACAUAGAGGAUCUUCGAGUUACAUAUAAUGUCUAUAAGGCAGUGAUUAUGGUAGCCAAAACUCUCAAAGACAUGGCUGCUUGUAGACAAAUGGCUGGAAGCCAUUGUGUGAAAAUGCAUGAUUUUAGUCCUUGGGAGCUUUUCUUCUACCUUCGUAGAGUGAGGCUGAAAGGAAACAUUGGUGAGAAUUUAUAUUUUGACUCUCUUGGAAAUGCACCAGCCAUCUACGACUUAAUUAACUGGCAAGAGCAACUAUCAGGAGGUGCCAACUGGGUGAGGGUAGGAAGCUAUGAAAGUGGUGCUCAGUUCGGACAAGACCUAUUCAUCAACCUAAGUGCAAUACAAUGGGGAAGGCAGUUCGAUAAGAUCCCCACUUCUGUAUGCUCUAUGAAAUGUCCUCCUGGAUUUUGGAAGGCUCCACAAAUUGGUCAACCCCAUUGCUGCUUUGAUUGCAUUCCAUGUGCCACUGGAGAAAUAUCCAACCAAACCAAUGCUAUAGAUUGCAUCCUUUGCCCUGAAGAAGAGUGGCCAAAUUCUGCACAUGAAAAAUGUCUUCCCCGUGAGGUGGAAUUUCUGCACCUUUAUGAACCACUAGGAAUGUCUCUGGGAAGCACAUCUAUCUUGGGCUCCUUUUUGCCCGCCUUUGUACUUUUUCUUUUCAUCAAAAACAGAGAUACUCCUUUGGUACGUGCUAACAAUUGCACUCUUAGCUUUAUUCUUCUUGUUACUCUUACGCUGUCUUUUCUUUGCCCCCUUCUUCUUAUUGCUCCACCAGGAAAUCAGAUCUGUGUUAUUCGACAGGCUGCCUUUGGUGUCCUGUUCACUCUCUGCAUUUCCUGCCUAUUAGCCAAGACUAUUAUUGUUGUUCUAGCCUUCCGGGCCAACCAGCCAGGUGGUUGCCUUAAAGUACCUAUGGGACCACGGUGGCCCAUCUUUUUUGCCAUGUUUUUCACUUUUGUCCAGUUUGCUCUUUGUUGCUUCUUAUUCUCAGUGGACCCACCAUUUGUAGAACAUGAUGCCUUGUCUCUGUUAGGAAAAAUUAUUAUCCGAUGUAACUACGGUUUUGGUUUCUGGUUCGUGCUAGGUUACCUUGGACUUCUGUCUACCAUAUGUUUCAUUGUUGCAUUCUUAGCCAGGAAGCUACCUGGGGUUUUUAAUGAGGCUACUCAUAUAACUUUCAGCAUGUUGGUGUUCCUGAUCGUUUGGAUAAGUUUUGUUCCAACCUACCUUAGCAUCCAGGGAAAGCUGGCAGUAGCAACAGAAAUGUUUGCAAUGUUGUCAUCCAGUGCCGGCCUACUCUUCUGCAUCUUCACACCCAAGGUCUACAUUAUCCUCUUGAAGCCCCAACUCAACACCCGUGCAAUAGUUUCUGGUCAGCAGAGAAUACAAACCAUUAUUAAAGAAAGAACUCAGUCACCAUAUAGAAGAAGAUAUACUGGAGGACACUAG